AUGGUCUCCUGGAUCAUCUCUAGAGUUGUGGUACUUAUGUUUGGGACACUAUAUCCUGCGUACUCCUCUUACAAAGCUGUGAAAUCAAAAGAUGUGAGGGAAUAUGUGAAAUGGAUGAUGUACUGGAUAAUAUUUGCCCUAUUCACGACUGUGGAAGUAUUUACGGAUAUGUUUGUUUGCUGGCUUCCUUUCUACUAUGAGCUGAAGAUUGCGUUUGUGGUGUGGCUGUUGUCCCCUUACACUAAAGGCUCUAGCGUGCUAUACAGGAAGUUUGUUCAUCCCACUCUUUCCUCAAAAGAAAAGGACAUCGAUGAGUACAUCUGCCAAGCCAAGGACAAAAGCUAUGACACACUGGUGCAUUAUGGGAGAAAGGGGCUAAACGUUGCGGCCACAGCUGCCGUCAUGGCUGCAACAAAGAGCCAAGGAGUCCUGUCAGACAGACUGAGGAGUUUCAGCAUGCAGGAUCUGUCCUCCUACCAGUCGGACCCCGUGGACAGCGGACCUGAGACCACACAGUCCGCAGCAGCCCAGCAUCGGACCAGAAGUAUGAUGCGCAGCAAGUCGGAGAGCUACAACAAGGGUCAGGAUUUUGACGUAACUGAGUAUGAGAUGUUGGGGUUGGACCAUUGGGACUCCAAGGAGUCGCUGUCUCAGAUCUUGUCACCCUCUGAGUCUGAGUCCACACCCGUUACACUCUCACUGACGCCCCAGUCCACACCGCCCUCUCCACCUCCCACUCCCCCAGCACCGGAGCAGUCAGAGGAGGUGGGGAAGGAGGCGCAGGCGGGGCUGAGCUCUCCGCAGCUCACGCUGGUUAAGAGGAAGGCUCCUGAGCCUCCUCUUAGAGUCUUAAGGCCUCUCACAAGAUCCAGGAGAAGUCUUUCUUCGAACAAUGAAGCCAUGUGAAACUGUCCUCAAGACGACUCCAGCUGCCUUCGCUGCAAGAAGUAAAAAAAUGAAAAAAAUACUGAAUGGCCAAAAGCUACAUGACUGAAGCAGCCUUGCUUUGGAAUAAGGUAUUACCAAAGUGACCUAUGUCGACCCCUCUAUCUGUAGUAUAUCGCCUAUGAUCAAUCAGGUGAGGUUGAAUUAAGAGAAAUGAGUGAAUGGGCUCCAUGCUGAUAGACACUUUUUUUUUCAGUUUGUGGGUUAUUGAACAUGUGUUUAUGUACAGUUUGUGUGUACCUCAUCUUUAUGAUUUAAUGGUUUUUAUAUAUCAGGUUAGGGCAGGCAAGUGCAUGCGUGUCUUCCCAGUCAUUAGUCCACUGUUUGUUCAGCAGAAUGUACUGUCACUGAAUCCUGCCGCUGGUUUCGAGAAUGACGCGGACACUCUUCGAGAAUGUGUUAAAAGCCAAGGAUUUAAAAAAACAACAAUUUGGGUGGUUGUUGUUUUAUUGACAGUAUCUGUUCUGGAGAAACAUCUGAGUGCAGCUGAAAUCUGCACUGAUGACUUAUCUUAUCACAAUUUUGUGAAAUCAGCCAAACGAACAAAUAUAAAACGUACCUAUUGAAGUGUCAGACAGCGGUGGUGGACAAUAUUCUGUUAUGUACCUCUAUAUUUAAGCCUUAAAUCAAAAGAUAGUGGAGACUUAAAAAUAUAUCAAAAAGUCUCUACACAUGUUGUGCUACUUGUAACACAUAUACGUUCUCAUUAAAUCAUGUUUGCACUAUGUCUAGAAUAUAAAUUACUGCCCUAAAUGCUCAA